ACCUCACCUACCCGCUCCCUCUCCCUCUCCCACUCCACGGCCGCACCGCACCUGCUCCGUUGGAAGGGAGCAAACCCUCCGUCGCCUAUUUAGCCGAGACCCCGAGCAUGGUCUUCUCCAUCCCACAUCCCAUCCCAUCCGCAGCGGCUUUAUUACCUACCGAGAAGAAGAGAGAAAAAAAGGUUCGAGUGCGUUCGAGAGUGAGGAGUGAGAAGAGAUGGCUCCGGUGAAGCUGUACGGCGCGACCCUGUCGUGGAACGUCACCAGGUGCGUGGCGGCGCUGGAGGAAGCCGGCGUCGAGUACGAGCUCGUCCCCAUCAACUUCGGCACCGGCGAGCACAAGGGCCCCGACCACCUCGCCAGGAACCCCUUUGGCCAGGUGCCAGCUUUGCAGGAUGGUGACUUGUACGUCUUCGAAUCACGUGCUAUUUGCAAGUAUGCGUGCCGCAAGAGCAAGCCAGAGCUGUUGAAGGAGGGCGACAUCAAGGAGUCAGCUAUGGUGGAUGUGUGGCUCGAGGUGGAGGCCCAUCAGUACACCGCCGCGCUGAGCCCCAUUCUCUUCGAGUGCCUUAUCCAUCCUAUGCUUGGGGGAGCCACUGACCAGACGGUCAUCGAUGCUAACCUUGUUAAGAUCAAGAACGUGCUGGCGGUGUACGAGGCGCACCUGAGCAAGUCCAAGUACCUGGCUGGAGACUUCCUCAGUCUUGCGGACCUUAACCAUGUGUCUGUCACCCUGUGCUUGGCGGCUACACCCUACGCGUCUCUGUUCGACGCGUACCCGCAUGUGAAGGCCUGGUGGACUGACCUGCUGGCGAGGCCGUCCGUCCAGAAGGUCGCUGCGCUGAUGAAGCCAUGAUCUUAGUUUCUGGCGCUCGUUCGUCGCGAAAUAAGCCGAGGUGUGUUUCCCCCGAUGUGUGCCUGUCCGAGUGUGUGUUCUUGUGAUGUCUCCUCGUGUUGAAUGUUCAGGCUUGUGCUUGCGAUCCUGUCUAGAUCUUGUACUGAAAUGAGCAUUCCUAUGCUCUGGUUUAAUAAUAAAUUGUGCCCAGAGAUUAUCUCAGCUUCAAUA